UGUACACAUUAAUGCUGUCCUUGUCUGUUUGAGUUUAAAAGACAGUUUCUGCUGCCUGAGUUGCACUCUGGCAGGAGCCAUCAUGGAGAGAACUGUGGUGCGAGUCACCCUCUUUGGGCUGCUGCUGCUGCCUUUGAUUACCACAUUACCAAAUAAGGACGACUGGGACAUCUACAGCUUUCACAUUAACUCCACAGUGACCAGUCGAUAUGCCACCACUGUCAUCACAAGCCGCGUGGCCAAUCGGAUGGACGAGUCAAAGGAAAUAGAGUUCCAAGUCCGGAUUCCCAAGAACGCCUUCAUCAGUAAAUUUAAAAUGCUUAUAGAUGGCCAGGAGUACGAUGGUGUUGUGAAAGCUAAGGAGCAAGCUCAGCAGCAGUACAGUGAGGCUGUGUCCCGUGGCCAAAGUGCAGGGCUGGUCAGUUCUGUAGGGAGGACCCUUGAGGAAUUUAAGACCUCUGUUACUGUGGCUGCUCACAAAAAAGUCACAUUCGAACUGACAUAUGAGGAACUGCUGAAACGUAGGCUUGGCAAGUACGAGCUGCAAAUCCAUGCUCGACCCAUGCAACCUGUCAAAGACUUCAAGAUUGAUGUCUACAUUAACGAAAAAGCCGGCAUCAAUUUCCUUGAGGUUAAAGGAGGUCUAAGCACCAAAGCCCUGGCUAAUGCUAUCACCAAAACACAUGCAGACAAAGAGGCAUGGGUGUAUUUCUACCCGACAGAAGACCAGCAGAAAACAUGUGACAGCUGUGGAGAUCAGGGUAUGAACGGAGACCUGAUUAUUGUUUAUGAUGUCAACAGGGACACCUCACUGGGAGACAUCAAGAGAUCACCUGGGUACUUUGUUCAUCACUUUGCUCCAUCAAGUCUUCCUCGCAUACCAAAAAAUGUUGUCUUUGUGAUUGAUCGAAGUGGAUCAAUGAGUGGCAGGAAAAUGCAACAGACCCGCAUAGCAUUAAUCCAUAUCUUGAAUGACCUGGCAGAAGAUGACUACUUUGGUCUUAUCACUUUUGAUGGCAGCAUUUUUCACUGGAAACGAGAACUUGUUCAGGCCAACAGCAGGAACCUGGAGAGCGCCAAGGAAUUUGCGCAGAAUAUUAAAGAUAGAGGAGCCACUGACAUUAACGAAGCAGUGUUGGAAGGAGCACGUAUGCUGAAUGCACAUCCCAGGGAGGGUUCAGCAUCUAUCCUGAUACUUCUGACUGACGGAGACCCAACCACAGGGGUCACAAAUCUCGAAGCAAUACAAUCAAAUGUAAGACAGGCUAUUGCUGGCAAAUUCCCUCUCUACUGUCUCGGUUUUGGUUUUGAUGUCAAUUUUGAGUUCCUUGAGAAGAUGUCCCUCCAAAAUAAUGGUGUGGCACGACGGAUUUAUGAAGACUCCGAUGCUGAUUUACAGCUGAAGGGUUUCUAUGAAGAGGUUGCCACUCCUCUGUUGACAGAUGUGACUAUGAUCUACAUUGGUGGGACAAAUCUAACCCAGACUAACUUCAGCCAGUAUUACAAUGGUUCUGAGAUUGUGGUGGCUGGUCAGAUCACUGACAACAACAUCGAAACAUUCACUCCACAAGUUGUGGCCAUUUCAAAAAAUACAAGGGUGGUGUUUUCUGACACUAAUGGCACCUUGGAGUCCACUGGAACAGUGUCGGACAGCCAAAUGCAGAGGGUUUGGGCCUACCUCACAGUCAAACAGCUUCUGGAGAAAGAGCUGCUGUUAUCUGGACCUGAGAAGGAGAAUGUGAAGGGAGAAGCCUUGAGGCUGUCACUGAAGUACAACUUUGUGACCCCACUCACAUCCAUGGUUGUCACCAAACCUCUGGGAGAGACAACAGAUGUGCUCCAUAAACCCAAAGAAGGAGAAACACCCCCAGCACAGCAUCCUGCCUUAGCUCGUCGAACACCUUUUAGAUCUAAUUGGAUACUUCCAAAAGGUCCAAACAGAGUCCACCGCAUUGUUGGAGGUGAAGUUAGAGCUGGUGCCUCACCAGUAGGCCAUAGCUUUACACAUGAACACAGUUCUGAUAAGACAGGAGGAUCAAGCGGAGCUCGUUCCUCUGGGGUUAAACUGUCCCCAGCCGGCUCACCGGUAAAGAAAUACCUAUCUAGAGGUCCUCCUCAUAUUUUUAUGGAUUAUGAUGAUUUUGGCGGAGCUUUUCCCACAAUUGUGACAGCAACGAAUGCUCCUCUUUUACACAGGUUUUUGCUGAAAACCGAGAAUCUGUCUCUUCCACUCUGUUUUGAUGUUGUUGGAGAGGUUCGCCUCAAACUACUUCACCACCCCAGCAGGGAGCUGUCUGUGAAUGGUGAGCUUGAUUCAGUAACACAUGGAGGCUUCAAAAGGAUUGUUGCCCACUUAAAAACUGACCUGCAUGUCGAGGUUGACCCCAAGGGAAUCACUGUGCGAGACGGGCAGACAGAAACACAACACACUGGACAGGAUCUCAUCACAGUUGAAAGCAUGACCCUGAUUAAGCGCGACAAGGAAAUAGAUGUUCUGGUCGGAGACACACGCAUGGUCAUCUUGAUUCACGAGAAAGGUGGUGAAGAAUUCCUCUGGCCGGUUUUAAGACAGCAGCCACUGAACGCCAGUGUUACAGGAAUUUUAGCUGUGAAGCCAACAGUUGACAAGGAGGUGCAGCAAACUCCAUCUACAAAACUUAGGCUCAAUAACCAGGAGGUUAUUGUCACCAGAUCUGAUGCUGUUGACUACAGUAUUGUCUCUCAUCCCACUCUGGACUGUUGGCUCAUGUCUGCUGAGUCAGCCCUGCAGAAACCCCUGGACAAUUUCAUCGUUUCACAACUUUAACUGUGAAACGUGCUGAAUCAUUUGCAAAGAUUUUAUUCCAUCAGAGAGAAGUGAGGCAAACGGUGAUUCAUCAUGGAAAAAGACAUGUUACUAUUAUGAGAAUAAACAGUAGUACAGAUCUUGUACUGCCCUGUACGAAGUUGAUAUUAAUGGAUUUGUCAGGUGGUUCACAUGCUUGAUUCUUCAAUCUUAAGAAUGUGUGUGUGCUGCUUGUUCUACAGCAAAACAGCCCUGCAUGACGUCAACUCAACUUUCAAGAUGACCUGAAUGCACAGAGCUGUUACACGUCUUCAUUGUUCUUAUAAAAUUAAAAGAUUAAAAUCAUCAAAUUUAAAAGAAA